AUGAUUGUCAUAUCAUUCACACUGAUUAUUCAACAUUCUUCUUGCAAUGGAGGAUCCCAGAACAUUCUGCUGAACAAUACCGUACCCAUCCCUGUGAUCUCUGACUUCGGCAAUGCGGUUCGGGGCGACCAAGGCGUCGGUCAUCAUUUUAUCCAGCCAUAUGAGUUUCGUACGCCAGAAGUCAGCUUCGGAAUGCCCUGGUCAUACAGGCUGAUACCUGGAACCUUGGUGUACUGGUACGGGUUUGCCGUCAGCUUCUACUUUCCGUCAGAUCUCCUCAUGACCGCUCAAGUUGCAGGACAUUUCGACAUCUUUGUACAGAUUGCGCAAAUUAUACGUCUCCCUGGCCCUCCCCCCGCAGAACUCAUAGCGAAGAUACAUACAAAGUUUCAAGAUUACUAUCCGCCUGGGAACGAAGGGACAUUCGAAGCUGUGUUUUCUACGAUUCCGAAUUCUCCGGACAACAAGGGGACGAUCGACGCGUUUCGAAGCGGAUACUCAGGUGCUUUCCUGAGGAAGUCGAUGAUCGUCGCUCUCGAACAGAAUGGUUGUAAUCGGUCAGCCGACGUUCUUAACAUGGUCUACCUUGCACCUAUACCUGGUAGUAUGCUGUACUACACGUCUAUGAAAAGCGGGAAGAUUCCCGUGAGAACAGAGAGUCGUCAACAGUCUGAAACGCGAGAAACCCACUUCCUAUUUUUCCGACUUCUUUCCACGGAAGCUCUGAUAAACUCUAACACGAGCUGGAACGAGACGACAACCCCUUCGGCAUUCCUUGCAGUUAGGCUUGAACGUGAAACUAUGAACCUUGAAACCGUACCAGAAUCCCAGCCUGCGCAUAGAUAA